CUUCCCCAGGCGUUAAAGUGACCACACAUUAGAGGUGUAUCGGCCCGCGUUUUGGUGUACUAGUGUCGAGAUGCAGUCGCCUCCAAGAUGAGGACACCGAGGCGGGGGUGAGGGAGAGCGAGAGAGCGAGAGAGAGCGCUGGAUGCUUCACCACCACCACCACCGCUGCUGCUGCUGCUACUGCUGCUGUGCUCCUGUUCCUGCUGCUGCUGCUGCUGCUGCUGCUAUUGCUCCUGCUGCACCGUCUACUCUCGCAUUAUCUACUGGGCCUUUCAUGAUGUGAAGUGCUGUGUUGUGGUGGUGGUAGUAGAUGAUGGUGGCGGUGAUGUGAUAGUAAGGACCAGUGGUGGGUGGCGGGUUGCGGCGUCCCUCCUCCCACAACAUCGGCCACGGUACACCUCAAAACUGCCAGCCCAACAUUCUUACCGUGAAGGCUGAAGGUUGGCGGGCUGUGUGUGCUAUAAAGGAAACCCCAGUGUCUAUAUGAACCACAAGUGAAGGCGCGAGUGAUGAAGAGCCCUCUGCUUGAGUCGGAGGAAAGCGGCAGAGUACACUGUCAGGGAAAGGGGAAGCGCCCAUAUAAGGUAUGGGACAGCGGGCGGCAGGUUCGCAAAGGGCUGGUCGUUGCAAGCUUCAACGAACUUAUAGAAAAAGGUCGAGAGAAGCUGGAGCUGGGGGAGGUACGGAUAAAAGUAGUGUUGGAGGCUGACGGAACGCAAGUGGAGGACCCGGAGUACUUUUGCACCCUGCCAGAGAAUACAGUCUUCCUCUUACUCAGGCAGGGUGAACACUGGUACCCUGCGGGAGUUGAGGUGCUCAGACAAGCCAUCACUGCCAUUCCCAAGAUCGUAUGUGAGACCAUCUACUCCCUGGGCCUGCACGAUGAAGCGCCGGUGUGGAAGAUCAUGGACCAGUACGGCAAGAUCACCGUUGUUCUCUCCUGGGACCCCUGCCACCGGGGGGACCACCGUCACGGCACGUCGUCCCCCCGGAAGCCGUCCGCCACUGCCACACGGAUGAUCGUAAGUGGCGUAGGGGAAAGCGCCAUCCAGCGACAUGAGUACCUGGUGGCUCAGCCCUCAGUAGGCUCCACUCCCUCGCCUGCGCCCACUAUUUCCCUUAGUGGUACCAAGUCACCUGUACCUGCUUCAGGCGCGGCAGGUAUUUCCGCCCAGGCACCUGUGGGCACCGUCACUACUAUACUGCGAGACGGGAAGAAGGAGACGCUCAUUAAUGACAUUGGUCCUGCGGCUGCUACACUGCCACCAGCUCCCCAUCACCAGGGUACUGUGAUAAACCACGACAGCGAGAUCAAGAGUUCCUACAUGGGCACCGGGCCUGGGGCGACGGCGGCGGUGGUGGGGCGCCUUUCUCGCCAGGGGUCAUCCGUGGACUCGUCACAUUCAGCCACUGUGCACGUCCACACUCCAGAGUGCUGUAUGUACGGGCACCCACACACCCCGCAGCCCCGCACCCGAGCCUCCCCCACCGGCGACCAGGCCGAGUGUGACUUCCACUGCUGCUCGCUGCAUGAGGAGGGCGGCCGCAUCCAGGCAAGUCGACACCAACUGCAUCAUCAGCAACACCACGUGCACCAUCACCAACCAGGGCAACAGGUACACAAAGCUGUAGCUACAUCCCCUAUCCAGGAAGGUACUCAUGAGAGACGGCCAGCCCACCACCACACUCACCCUCCCAGCCAGAGUCCUGGUGGCAAGGCAGCCCAACCAGGGGCUCAGGCGGCUGCUGUACAACACCCAAAAGGUAGUUCUCAUGUACGCUUCCAGACUCAGACUCAGACUGAAUACCGGACGCCCAACUUGGAAAAACCGAGGGAAAGGCCGGAUCAAGAUAGUUCAGAGUCUGAAACAGAAAAUACAACCAACGACGAGGAGGCACACACAACCGAGAAGUUCCUCUUGCUCACUGAUCAGCUUUCCGUCGACACUAAGAAGCACCUCUCUAUCAAGGACAUUGGGGUCAUCCUUGAUCGACUAUCUUCCAAAAUAGUUGAUGUUGAGAAAUUAGAUCGUGAAGCAGAAGAGGAAGAUUGUUUUAACUGGACAAUCAAAGCUACAAUCCGAGGCGAUACUCUAAGAGAACUCGGUGUGGUAUAUAAUGGCCACUAUUAUUCUAUUAGUGAACACCCAGGCUACGGUCAGAAGAAAGAGGAGGAGGAGGAGGAGGAAGUAGCAGAAGCCAAAGACGCAGAAAAGGAACCCGUCUGACUGUUUACACUGUGUUCGUUGGACAAACUUAUUUUUUUGGUUUGUUGGUGAUAAUGCCAGGCUUAGGAAUGCAGUAAUCGACAAAAUGUGUUUGUUUUUUGUCGAAGAGUAAUGCUGUUGACAUAAACAGGGUGCGAGUGUUAUGUGCAGAAUGUAUGGAACGUUAGAAUAGUGUUAAGUGAUUGAGUGAAACUUUUCAAGAGUUCCCUCACUUGCAACAACCGUGGCCUGUCACCCUCGGAUGUCCGCAGCAGUGCCGCCACAGCCACAAGGCGUCUGCUCUUGUUUCUAGUGUACAUAGGCGGGAGGAGGCACCGCGACCACCGAUGCCGCGUGACAGGUGCUGGCUGUCUCCCCAGUGUCCUGCCAGGGCCUAUCACGCUUGUAUUUAGAAGACAAUCGUCGAGCUACCCUGCAGGCAGGCAUUAGCGUAGCUUCUGACCAUCGCACGUCACUUGUUACAUGGACACUAAGGCGAAAAGUAUGAGAUAACCCUCAAGUGAAGUGUUCACCACCCAGCCCAACAGAAUCCUUGUUGAUACUAAGGCAGCCAUGCCGGGCCAGAGUGUGUCUACUUGAGGAACUGAUACUGUUUCUGGGUCCGGGCAAGACUUACUAUGAUUGUGUCCCAUUGUAGGUGGUGUGCCGGCCCGGCGGACCUUCCCUACCUACAAGCCCACAUUAUGAGACUGGACAAGAUUUGAUGCAAAUAAUAUACGUGGCAGUAAUACAUCCAUCCUUUUAUGGAUUACAAACAACCAAACUGAAGAUAUUUCUAGAACUCAAGUUUAUACAACCAAAUUUAAAAAGCCUAUAUUUUAAUUCAGUAAAUGGACCUUCGAUAAGUGGUUUACACUUGUGCCAGGCUGACACAGCAAUGGAAAGGUGUUAUGUGGUGAGGUGAAUGCAGAAUGAUAUGCUCAAAACCAAUGUGUAAUGAAGACUGUCGCUAAGAAUUUCUUUGAAGUUCUUGAUAAUAAUACUCUUGAUAAUAAAUAACAUAAACAGAUGUGACAUCAGUUUUUAAAUAGAGUGAAAAUGUUUCUAUUAUUACACUCAAUGAUGACAACAAAGACAGAGGCCAGGAGGUGGUGGUGGUCUUCUCUGCGCCUGUGACCAUCAUGAGAGUAUUUGUGUCCCUAUCAGAGACUCUGAGCCUUAUUUACAACCCCAAUAAUAUCCCAUUUGCCAUAUGUUGUGAAUAAAAAAAAAUGUUGGGAUGUGUCAAAUACGGUUCAGAGUAAUUGGUGGAGGUCUUGUUUUGUUUUAGAACUCAAGGAACGUGGCAUUCGGUCUGUAGUAGAUCUGGGGUGUCUUGGUGCCCAUCGCAAGCGCUGUGCCUUCCAAUCAUGUACACUGAAAGCAAUUUUGUUUCCUUAGAUGAGGAACUGCGCUUGGAUGAAGUAAUGUCGGUACGCCUGUGCAUAAUUUUUGGUGCAAGUUUUGUGCAUCUGUGGAGCGAUUAGGGAUUGUGGGCCUUUGUGGGCUGUUCAAAAAGGCUGAUCAUUGUCCCUGAGUAUUGUGAACAUUUUAAUAAGGACAUUUACUGAGUGAAACGGUAAAUUUGUGACUUGUGUAGGUGAUAGAAUGAGGCAGAAUUGCUGCCUUGGUGGCAUUGCAAUACAAUUAAUAUUUGGCCUCCAUCGAUACCGACCAGGGCUCACAUCUGACUACAAUAAGCAAAUUCAAAAGACAAAUCUUGGGUGUUUCGAGGAAACAGACGUAUUACUCUUGAUAUGUCAUUUUGAUAUGGAUGAUGUUAUAGUCUCAUUUGGUAAUGCUAUUUGUCUAAGGUUCGGCCUUAUUGGGUAUUUCAGUUUAAAUAAAGGCUGAAGGGUUGAUUAGAGCCUUCAUGGAUAACUCCAUUUGGUUUAAUCUCUGCUAAUUCAUAAGAAAAAAGUAUUUAAAUCCCACAUAAGGAAUACACUCACUGACAACUCCACAAAAAAAAAAUUGUUGGCCCCGUAGGCUUCACCGCACCUGCCGGAGAAGCCCUCAGAGAAAAAAAAAUAGAUUUAUAUAUAUAUAUAUAUAUAUAUAUAUAUAUAUAUAUAUAUAUAUAUAUAUAUAUAUAUAUAUAUAUAUAUAUAUAUAUAUAUAUAUAUAUAUAUAUAUAUAUAUAUAUAUAUAUACACAAACAGUAACAAAACCGAGAGAUAAACUUGGACUUUAGCAGACCUUGAGCAGUGAUCUGUACUGGCAAUACUUGAUUAUGGUCAGUUCGGAUUUUUUUAUUUGUUUGGAGGAGCUGCGGUGUUACUCUUAUUGUUAAUACAUCUCGUCGCCAAGAAAAAAAAUGCACAGUGGUCUUGAUCAAAGAUAAUAUAUCAAAUAUAGUAUGAAUAAUUUAGGGAAAAUUGUAGGAUCCUUAGAAUUGUUAGGACGGUAUUUUAAGAUAUCAUUUCCAUAUUUGUAUGUCGAAGUAACUUGCAAGCAUUUGGUUUGCCGUCUGCUUUCAAUAAUGAAGAGCAACCCCGUUGUUCUAGACUCCAAUAAUCGCUUUUGUUACUUGGCAAAACAAAUGUUAGCAGGAGUUUCUUAGAAUGGUUAAAGUCUGGUUAUCAAUAUAUAAACACAAAUACAAUAGUGUCAAUAUUUAUUGUUGGUAAUAUUACGCCAUUUUAACAACGCACAGCAGAUAUUCAUAUGGUCCGGUUUGUGUCGAAUCUUUCAUUCCUGGCUACUUUUCCGUCACUGCUCCGGUUUCUCCCUUUAAAAAGAUGUUGUGACUUAGGUUUAGAAAUGUCUUUACUAUGUUCCCAAUUUCACAGUAAUAUCGCAAUGCCUAUUAUAUUAUUUAAUGUUUAAUGACGUGGUUGUUCAGCUUAGUACUCUAGCUCUGACGAUCAAGUAGUGAAGCCCUCGCUCGAGCAAAGACAGUUUCUAUGUCUCUCCAUUAAUACGGGUCAAAACGCACAAUAUCACACACACGCUACUUUGCGUUUAGUUUAGCUUCUCGUGUUGCGUUCUCGGGAGGAGAAGGAGGAGGAGGAGAUGAAAAGAUGAUGAUGAUGAUGAUGAUGAUGAUGGUGAUGAUGAUGCAGGAGGAGAAGGAGGAGGAGUGUCCCGCUUCGUACUGCCCUUCAUGUGAUGAUGGCCCCAAUUCUUGACCACAGGUGAGUUUAAAGCUCUCCACUGGCCAGGCAAUUUGCGAUGCUCACAGAAACCUUGGCCAGUCAGUCAAUAAUAACCAAUUGGUAAUGCAGUAGUGUUAUGGCAUAUAUUCUCAAGAGCUGGUUGAGAGUUGGGUCCAAAUAAGCCACGGCGUAGGGCCUGAUUCGUCGUCGUCGUCUCGCGUCACUGGUGCUCAUGAGCUGCUCUUUGUACGGAGGCAGAAACUGACUCUUCUCGAGACUAAUGCGGCUUUGUUUUGGACUAGUUAGGAUGAAUGCGCUGUAUUGCUCUCUCUUUAGACAAAAUGUUGCGCGGCCGGCGUCUGUGAGCCUCGGUGUGUUAGCUUCUGUUUUGACUGGGAGAACUGGCCUUGUGGAAGAGUUGUUCGAGGCUGACAAACGCUGGCUGCACACAAGACACCUGCGUCACACAUUUUGGUGCCAUGGUGUGGCUGCCGCAAGCUUUGUUCUUCAUUGAGGUUGUUCUCAAUAAUUUAUUGAAUGAAGCGUUUAUUGUUAUUUUAGCCCAUUUCACUGUGUUCCGCCAGAAAGUCGGUGUACGUGGUCUAGGCUCUGUCAUUCCCCUUGGUUAGUGUCUGUGCUUAUGCAUGAGUACAUGAAGUAACCUUCUCUCUUCAUUGGACAGUUAUGCAUAGUUUUGAAUAUAAUUAAUCAAAGACGAUCUUUAGGGUGGACAGUUCAUUUGACAUCUUUGUAAGCAGCGUUCAGGGGCUGACAUGCAGCCCCCGGCGAGAGAAAUGUUGUAUAGUUGUUGUUGGAGUGAUAAUCAUCUUGGAAUUUGGUUUGAAACAAUGUAUAAUUUUUGUAGACUAUCUAGUGGUCACAACCUUUUCUGUGAUUGUACAUGUAAUUCCAGGUCAACAACAGUUUAAUGACCUUAUUAUGUGGUCUUAAACAGUCAUUGCACUUGUAAUAUACUUGCAGAUGCAGGUUUUUUAACCACCACAGACAAUAAUUAGUACAUCACAAUAACCAACAUGUGACCAUAGAUUAAAAUAAAGACUACCACAAUCUCAACAGAAUACAAGAGAUUUCCACAUGGUAAAGUGACCAUUACGUACUACUAGAAUAAAGGCUAUUAUUGUGCUACAACACGCUCACACUGCCAGGGCGGGCCUUGGGGACGUGGGCGGUUCCUGGAAUCCCUCCCCCAUCCCCCCCAAGUCCCACCACCCUUUGACACGGGUCACAUCCUGCGUGUCCACUUGAUAUGGAAGUAAAGAGGUCAGACAUCA